GGUGCACAGGAAAUUAGCCUGCUUUGACAUAUGGAGAUCGGUGCCUCUGCAUCAGCUUUAAUGUGUACAUUUUCAUACAUCUCAUUGUUAUUUUAAGAUUAUUACUGGAAAUCGGGGUUUUCUUUUAACCAGAGCAAACAAAAGUCCUUUCACAAUAUUGGUUUUGGAUCCAUCAAACCCCCAAACAUUGAAACUACACUGGCGGAGGGGUCGAAAAAACGAGGAAUGAAGCAAAAUAAACAAUGAAACCAGGAUACGAAAAACAGAAAGUUCCUAGGUGUUUGCCUGUUUCCAAGCAUUCCCCUUUGUCCACACAGCUUUGGUCCAAAAGGUGCAGUCUUCGUUCAGACUAUGAUCAAGAUCAAGUUCUGGUCAGCGGAGAAGCCGGGAGAAAAAUGCCCCAGUGAGACUGGCCCCAGGCCUAAGAGCACAGCAAACCCCGACUGUCCCCGGCGCGCUGGUGGCGGGAUGAGCAUCACAGCUCCCAGACCCCGGACCCCAGCUCGCACUUCCGCCCCGCACCCCCACCCACGCGCGUGCCCCGCAGCCGGGUUACCAGGCAACGGGCUGCCCCUGCGCGAAGCUACUGGGGCGGAAUGCAUGGGGGAAGGCAGUUGGAAGAACUUGAGCAGCAGAAAUGAGUCCGGAGAAGCAUCCGGAGGAAGAGGAUGAAGUUGAGUGCGUUCUCCUCUCAGCGUCCAAGAUCCUAAAUUCCUCUGACCGGAUAAAGGAAAGUGGUGGCAGUGAAACAGAAUAUGGCUGCAUAUCGGAAUCAGAAAAUCAAAUCCAACCGCAAUCAGCAUUGAAAGCCCUUCAGCAUCAACUGGAAUCAUUUCAGGCUCUCCGAAUACAGACUUUGCAGAAUGUUAGCAUGGUACAGUCCGAAAUCAGUGAAAUCUUGAACAAAAGUAUUAUUGAAGUAGAAAACCCACAAUUUAACUCAGAAAAAAAUCUAGUAUUCGGAACAUGCCUUGAAAAAGCUUUGCCUAUAGAGAAUCAAGAAGAAAUCCUUUCUGUGGAGAAAAUUCAUCCUUUUGAGGAGUCUAACGCUAUUCAUUCAAUGGAAGAAAAAUUCAGCAGUGAUAGUGUUAACAGUCUCUCUCAAGGUAUAGGUAUGACAUCCCAGAUAAAUUUCAAGGACGUAUUAACUCUGAGAACUUCAACAGACAAUAUAACAAACAUAAUUAUGAAUCCUUCAGAAAAUUCUGACAUGUUGAAAAAUUAUAGUAAUCUUUAUAAUUUUCUACCUAAUGUACCUCAAAAUGUGAUGUCUCAAGCUGAUACAGUAAUUCUGGAUAAAUCCAAAAUUACCGAGCCUUUUCUCAAGCACAGAUUUUGUGAAAACUUAGAUGAUAUCUGCCAUUCUAUCAAACAAAUGAAGGAAGAGCUACAAAAGUCACAUGAUAGAGAACUGGCACUUACAAAUGAACUUCAAACUUUAAAAACUGAAAGAAAUGUUUCAAGCAAUGGUAAAUAUGAACUGUCUUCAAUUCAGAAAGAAAAAAAUAAUUUUAUUAAGGAAGAAAAUAUAGAAAGUAACUUAAAUGAAGAUAUGAAAUCAAAGAGAAUUUCUGAAUUAGAGGCAUUAGUAAACAAAUUACUCCCACUCAGGGAAACAGUGUCAAAAUUCCAUGUGAAUUUUUGCAGGAAAUGUAAAAAAUUAUCUAAGAGUGAAAUACACAGGGGAAAGAGAAAUGAGAAAAACAGUAAAGAAAUUCCUAUCACUGGCAAGAAUAUUACAGAUUUAAAAUUCCAUUCCAGAGCUCUAAGACAUACACUGCCAUUCUCUGACUCAACAAAAUAUGAAAUAAAAGACAAAGAAAUGCAACCGUUAGUAAUAAAACAAGGGCCAAUAAUAUUUGAAAAUGAGAAAACAUCCAAAGUCAAUUCUGUUACUGAGCAGUGUGUUGCAAAAAUUCAGUACUUACAGAAUUACCUAAAAGAGUCUGUGCAGGUACAAAAAAAGGUAACAGAACUGGAGAAUAAAAAUCUAACCCUUAAAACCAAAAUAAAACCUCUUGUCUUUACCACACAAUCUCUAAUACAGAAAAUCGAAAUAUAUGAAAAGCAACUUAAGAAUUUGGUUGAAGAAAAGAACACUAUUCAGUCCAAGUUAAUUAAAAAAGAAGAAGAUGGUAAAGAAUGUCUUAAAGAAUUGAAAAAAAUAAUUGGUAAAUAUAAUGUUCUCAUAGGACAAAAUAAAACUCUAGAGGAAAACAACAAUCAACUUUCUUUGGAGAAGCAACAAAUGAUAGAAACAUUGGAUCAACUAAAAAGCAAAGAACGCAAAACUCAAAAUGAUAUGGCCAUGGUCAAUAAUGAAAAUAAUCGUAUGAGUAUAGAAAUGGAAUCAAUGAAAUCAAAUAUUCUAUUGAUACAAGAAGAAAAGGAAAUGCUAGAGAAAAAGACAUACCAGCUUUUAAAGGAAAGAAGCUCGCUUGAAAAUGAACUGAAGCAAAACCAACUAGAGAUAAUGCAGCUAAAAGAGAAGGAAAUAUUGGCAAAAACUGAACAAGAGACACUUUUUCAAAUAAUAGAAACAGUUAAAAAUGAGAAACUUAAUCUCGAAAAAACAUUACAAGAAUCUAUUGCUGCUAGACAAAUGAUGGAAAGAGAAAUUGAGACUAUUCAAAAAUACCAAUCUACUGCAGAAGAGAAUUUUCUGAUAGAAAUUAAAAAUGCAAAAUCAGAAGCAAGUAUUUAUAAGAAUAGUUUGUCAGAAAUGGGCAAUGAAUGUGAAAUGUUAUCAAAAAUGGUAAUGGAAAUUAAAACAGAUAAUCAGAUUCUAAAAGAAGAACUAAAAAAACAUAGUCAAGAAAAUAUAAAAUUUGAGAAUAGCAUCAGUAGACUUGCAGAAGACAAAAUACUUUUAGAAAACUAUGUAAGAAGUAUAGAAAAUGAAAGGGAUACCUUGGAAUUUGAGAUGCGGAAUCUUCAAAGAGAAUAUUUAAAUCUAAGUGAAAAAAUCUGUAGUCAACAGAGUGACCUAUCAAAAGUGGGUUAUAUUUCAAGAAGAGAGAAAUUCCAUUUUGAAAAGUAUGAUAUUUAUGAAGACAUUUCUGGCCCUAGGAGUAGGCCUUUGGCUCCUGAUUUGAAAGGAAAUCCAAGUCAAGUGUAUCAAUUGCUUCCAUCCAAGAUAUGUAAAUAAAUUUCUAAAAUGAUUGUUUCAAAA